GUGGCGUAAAGGAGCGGAAAGGAGUCCACGUGGCACGCGACGAGCUGUUGAACUUGGCCAGAAAUGACGACAGAGAAGAAUGCGAACAAUGGGGCGACAUUUCGAACGCCCGCUGCGCCGAAGACCGCCCGUCCGUUGGCGGACAUGGAGUGCCCUGCGAGCGAAGCAAUCACCUUUCACCUAGUUAGGUCAGUGGAGGAGGUGCCGACUGAGAUAAGAGGAGCAGGAGGGCGAGGAGGAGGAGGAGGAAAAGGAGGAAGAGGAGCACCUGAGAGUUCUGCGAGUAAAGGUAAAAGUAACUAUGGAAAGACGUUUAAGGCAGGCGGCGAUCCAUUAUCGUUCCACCCUGCACUUACACAUCAACUAUUUGGAGAGGAGGAGAAAAUCUACGGAUACAAGGGGCUGCAGGUUGAUAUUUGGAUCCACAGGUUCACAUUUCACGCUUUUGUGCAUAUGAAGUAUGAUAGCAUUGUGCAGCCCAGAGGACGGAGAAGGAAAGCGGACAAUGUCUUAGGAACUCUCAAGGAGAACUUCCCUGGUGGGUUGUUUGAAGACUGGGAAGCCUUUGCCAAAGCUGUGGCUGUGUUCGACCUAGCCAACGUUCUUUCGCAGGGUGUACAAGUUGAAAAGGGUGUCAAGUCAGGGGGUUUCAUCUCAGCGCGACCCCCUACAGGCGGUCAAGUUCCGCCAACGGAUAAUCCUCGGGGUUCAUCUGAGGGUGCGCCAUCGUACGAGAUUUUGCGGUUUGAUUUCGAGAAAGAGACGGUUGUCGAGUGGCACAGGCGCAUGGAACCGUUGGUUCUCUUCUUUAUUGACGGAAGUUCUUUGAUUGAUACCCGGGACAAGCGAUGGGAAAUGCUCGUGGCAGUGGAGAGGACAGCCGACGGUGCAUUGUCGCGUUUGUGUGUUCAGGGUUUUACCACUAUGUACAGUUUCUAUCACUAUCCCGAUAGCACGAGGCUGCGUCUCAGUCAAUUGCUGGUUCUACCCCCCUUCCAAGGCCAGGGUUACGGCAGAGCAAUGCUAAAUGCUGUCAACAAGCUUUCUAUUUCAAGGGGCUGCUAUGACGUCACAGUUGAAGAUCCGACAGAUGAGUUUCAAUGGAUGUUGGACGUUGAGGAUGUGGAACGUCUUAUGGCACUUCCAGAAGUUGCUAAAUCUGUUGAGGAAGCAAUUAAUAGAGCAAAGAACAUGGCUUCCAAAAAGCCUGCAAAUGGCCCAAGGCGGACGCUUCUUGGAAUUCCGACUCACCUUUGGGAAGAGGUGAGAAGCAAGCUGAAAAUAUCACGGAAGCAGUUCCGGCGGUGCUGGGAAGUAGCCAUGUAUGUGCACACCAGUAUGAAGGAUUCCAAAAUGAGGGAACCGUUUCGUCAGCUCGUGACUUCUCGUCUCAGGGCGGAGCACUUUGGAGUCAACCGGCCUUCAGAGAAGGAUAAACGGAAGAGGACUGUUGUGACAGGGAUGCAUGAGGACUUACCUAUGUUUUUCAUGAUGAGCGCCCCGAAGCGAAGGCGACUGUCGACGGACCGUACAGAAAAUGGGGGAGGAUCAGCGAAAAAGGGAGCACAUAAAGGAGGUGCAGGAUCGAGCUCAUCUUCUCAGAAGGACAGAAGUUCAGAUGCAGUGAAUGAAGAUGGAAGUGGGCAGACCCAGGAGGAAAAGGAUGUAGAGCAGAUGAAAGCUCUUGAAGAGCUGUUUCAGGACAGAUUAGAGGAGAUAAGAAUAAUUGAAGACAAACUGGAAAGAUACAGGCUGCGAUUACGAGGAGAUGUGACGCUCUCUUGAGGAACGAAGAUGUGCUCACAAUUGGUCGAAACAAAGUUUUGAAAGUGCGUCCUUUUUCGCGGACUGGAGGCACUUGUAAUUUCUCAGAAAUGAUAUAUCCUCCUGUUCAGGCCUGUAGCCUUUCAACCAGAUCCUCCGUCAUUCAGAGUUCAUGGGGCCAAUUCUUCUUCUUCAAUGGCAUGGCCACAUUUCAAUGAUUGCAUACACUCCUCCCUUUUCAUCAGUCAGGGUAGGUACAUGUCUUCCAAGCUUUUCUGGGUCCAAAGCCUCAGAGUUUUUGCUGCGAUCUGCGCUCUUGCAGCGCAGUGAAGAAGAGGCAGCCGUUGUUGUACUUUCUUCUCGAUGAUGGAAAAGAAUUGGCCGUUCUGCGCAGUGAGCAUGUCUUUUCUCCCAAUCCCUAGUGCCCCUGAUCU